AUUCAAGAAAAAUGGCGUCGUCCAUGUCUUCUUCAACUGAAAAUAGCACUUCCUACUGGAUCAAGUUUUUCACUGAUGCGGGUGUCCCUCCAGGAGACUCAGCGAACUAUGCAGUUGCGUUCAAUGAUAAUCGCAUUCAGAGGGACAUGCUCCUGGACCUGUCCAAGGAAUACCUGCUUGACAUGGGCAUCAGUCGCCUUGGUGACGUCAUCGCCAUCCUCAAACAUGCCAAGGCUGUCCACACACAGGAUGCUCGUGAUAAGGUCCUGAAGAAUGCAAGUCCAGCUGUCACGCAAAGUACUUCCAACAACAGUCCAUCUCAGCCCCGCAGAUCUACAGCUGCCGCUAGGAUGGUUGGCCACUACUUGGGCAAGGACCCUGAAGCAGCACCCAUGAAGAACAUACCAACUCCCAAACCUGAAGUGUCAGAUUCUUUGUCCAAGAGGUCGUCAGUGUUUGAGCGUCUUGGUGUGGAUUCACCGCAGCAAGUCACAGUGACGGGACUGGGGAAUGUGGUUCUCAAGAGUGCCUCACCAUCUGGUUCAGUGUUUAAUCGUCUGGGAGACAAAUCAACAGUCAAGAGGCCAGCAUCGUCGACGUCAGUAUUGGGUGAAGACGAAGAUGACAGUGAUGAUGUCAUCGAAUCCGUGCUGGAAUAUGCUGGAGUACUCAAGUCGCCUCCUAAGAAGGUCAAGGUCACAUCGAUGUCCAAGAAGGCAGCUGCAUUGUCAGCAGCAGCCCGCAAACUGGCUGUCCGGAAGAAAAUCACGAUCCAGACAGCUGAGGUGACAACAACGUCACCAGCAUCAGCCUCAACAGCCGGGAUUCUAUCACGAGAUUAUGUUGCGGAAAAUCUGUCCAUUAAACAACGACUGGGGAAGAAGGUGCAGACAGAAAUUGCAAGCAGUACAACCACUUCGUCCUCAACCACCUCCCCGGUAACUCCGUCGGUGACGGUACGACUUGGCCCUCAGAAAGCCACAGUGACAAGCAGCAGUGGACUUACUUCUCACGGAAUCAAGUCUCGCCUCGGCCCCAAGACUGGUGAAGACACACCAGUGAAGCAGCCUGUGACCAUUUCCUCCACCCCGACAGUUGUCCGGACCGGGAUCUUCGGCCGCCUGGGGAGAAAGCACACCACACCGUGACUACAGUGUGCAGUGACUGAAAGGACCCUGGGACUGUCAUGGACUUUACAAUGUGAUCUACUAGACUGGCAACUCAAGUGAUGGCCUUCUGUGUGGGCGAGGUAGCCUUGCCCCUGUGUCGCCUGCCUGUGCUGAGUGGGGCGUGACCUCUGUGGUAAUACAUAGUGAGGCAGCUGGUGUCUGGAGAGCAAUGGGUGCCGUCCUGAUAGCCACCACUCUCCGUCCAUGUUGAUGGUGCUCGACGUCAGAAGCCCACUGUUGUAAGUGUACUGGUCAACAUGAACUGCCUCGCAGUGGCCUAGUGAUAGAGAAUUUGCUAAUAUGUGUGACAAGGAAGCAUGAAUGAUUUCACCUGUGUGAGCCGUGGGGAAAGAGGUCGAGGGAGGGACAGGUUAUGUAGGAUGAAUGAUUUCACCUGUGUGAGGGGAGGGGGAAGGAAAUAGAUCGAGGGAGAGACAGGUAAGGUAGUAUGAAUGAUUUCACCUGUGUGAACCAAAGGGAAAGAGGUUGAGGGAGAGACAGGUAAGGUAGGAUGAAUGAUUUCACCUGUGUGAGGGGAGGGGUUGGUAAGGAAGAAUAAUCGCACGUGUGUGUGUGGUGAGGGGUUAGGAAGGGAGAAUGAUCUCGUGUGUGGGGAGGGGUUAGUAAGGAAGAAUGAUCUCACGUGUGUGUGUGUGUGU